AUGUCUUCACCAACUACGGAUCAGAAGAUGACCCUCAAGGAGUCUACAUCAGCCCCGGGCGUUGAGGAUGGCUCCUCAGAAUUGUGUCUCAAGAGCGUCGUCCGCAAAGUGGACUACCAUAUUGUCCCUCUCAUGCUCCUGUGCUACUUUCUGCAAUUCCUGGACAAGGUACUCGUCAAUUACGCCAACAUCAUGGGCUUCUCCGAGUCGCUUGGCUUCCAGGGAAACGACUUUUCGUGGAUGGCCACGGCCUUUUUCAUCGGCUACGCAAUCGCCGAGUUCCCUCAAGGAUACCUCAUCCAGAGACUCCCCGUGAGCAAGGUUCUCGGCGUCAACGUCAUCCUGUGGGGAGUCACCAUCUGCUGCACGGCUGCUGUGCAGGACUUUCCGGGCGCCACUGCUGUUCGAACUCUACUCGGCAUGUUCGAGGCCGUCAUCACCCCUGCUCUCAUCAUGAUCACGUCGCAGUGGUACACGCGCCAACAGGCAACCCCGCGGACUGGUCUCUGGUACUGCGGCCUCGGCCUGGGGCAAACGAUGGGAGGACUCAUCUCCUGUGCCGCCCAAUCGGGAAAAUCGACGUCCGGCUUCGAAUCAUGGCGCAUCAUGUUUCUCGCGGUGGGUGCCUUCAACCUCCUCGUCGGCAUGACUGUCACCUUCUGGAUGCCCUCCUCGCUUUUCACCGCCAAGUGGCUCACGGAAGAGGAGAAGGCCAGCUUGCAGGAGAGCCUGUUGCGUGAUCAGGGUGGCAACGGCAGAAAGACAUUCCACAUGGCCGGUAUGUGGGAAGCCAUCUCAGACCUUCAGGUGUGGCUUCUAUUUGUGAACACCGUCCUCAUCGUCAUCCCCUCGGGCAUCAUCACCACGUUCUCGGCAACGCUGAUUCGCAACUUUGGAUAUACCACGAAGCAGUCCGCCCUGCUGAACAUGCCAUCUGGUGCGGUGUCGGUGUUUGCCACAAUCAUGGGUACUUUUGCAAUCCUGUAUAGGUUCCCGCGGUGGCUGGCCAUUUGCUGCCUCAUGGUGCCGACACUGAUCGGCGCCGCACUCAUGUCCUUUUUCAACGGUAGCCAGGCACGCUCCCUCGCAGGCAUUUAUCUCAUCAACUUUGAUGUCGCGCCUCUCGCCCUCGUCUACGCGCUGGCGGGUGCCAAUGUGCAAGGGUACACCAAGAGGGUCACGACCAAUGCUAUUGUGGCCAUUGGCUUCUCGAUAGCCAACAUUAUUGCUCCGCAAACGUUUCGCGCUGCGGACGCUCCGGACUACAUACCCGCCAAGAUCGUCGUCUUUGGCGUCUGCGGUGGUGCGGUCAUUGUUACUAUACUGCUGAGGAUCUUGUACGGGUACCGCAACAAGAGUAAGGUCGCUCUGCUGUCGAUGGAGCCCACGGCUUCUGGCUCUCUGGGAGAACACGCGUCUCUGGACGGGCCAGAUGUCACCGACAAGACGAAUCCUUAUUUCGUGUACGUGUACUGA